GAGUUCAGGUUCGAAGGCUUGACUUCGUUUUUCAGUGAUUGAAUUACUGGAUAUAGCAUGUUAGUGUUAACUCAGUAUCCAUAUAAUGGACAGUUUAAAUACAAGAAGUCUUGAUGACUAUCGUGUGAAUGCUUGUGAUGCCAUCCAAUUCAAACUAGUUAGGGACAAGGAAACUGUCGAUUCAGUAGAUACAUUCAAUCCUGAGUUCACUCACCAAAUAUUUGGUGAAAGUGAACAGAUAUUCGGAUAUCGUGAUCUCAAAGUUGGCAUAUUUUACACAGCAGACUCUCUAUCAACAUAUAUAGAUAUUUCUUAUACAUCAAAAGUUGAUCCUCAACUAUCCAAAGGUGUUAUGCCUGACGAUAUUAUGCACAUAUUAUCUGAUGUUUAUCCAUAUAACAUCAGUAAGAACCUGAAUGAUUUUUUGAAAAACUUCGAUGAAAAGUUUACUUUCACUCCAUACGGAGUUAACAGAUACAGUUAUCAAAUUAUGAAAGAUAAAUGUCCAAAAAAGUUUUCUGUUUUUUUUAUCGAGCAUGGUAUGCCUGGAUUUGAGAAAUUCCUUGAAUAUCAUAAACGGAUGGAAUCUUUCCUUCUUUUCUUCAUAGAUGGUGCAUCUGCUAUAUCUACGGAAGAUAUUCAGUGGUGUUAUUAUGUGAUUUAUGAAAAUAUUGGUCAAACAGAUGACGGAAAAAUUAAAUACGGAUUUAUUGGUUACAUGACAGUUUAUAAGUUUUAUGCUUAUCCCAAAAAUCUUCGACCACGUGUUAGCCAAGUUCUGAUCCUUCCACCUUUUAGAAACAAUGGCCAUGCUACACAACUUUUACAAACUUUUUAUCGUGAUUUUGUACCAAUGUCUAAUGUCAUUGAUAUAGCAGUUGAAGACCCAUCGCCUGAAUUUCAGCGUAUUAGGGAUUUAUUGGACUGCAAACGGUGCUUGGAAACCCCAGAAGUAAUGCAAACUAUAACACAGUCUAAUUGUGUGAACGGACAAAUUAUUAGUGAGAAGUCUUCUGCAAUACGCUUCCGAGAAAUUUCAAGGACAAAGUUAAAACUAAAUCGUUGUCAAAGUCGACGAGUGUAUGAAAUUCUUCGAUUGUUUUUGUUGCCUCGUACAGAUGAAUAUGUAAAGUCUUUUUCUGACGCAUUAACUAAGCGUGCCACUGCAUACUUUCAGCGGGUUCGACCAGAUGCUAUGCGAGGGUCUUCUUUGGUACCUAAAACAAGUGGUCCUUCUUCUUAUAAUCCAUUGAAAAAGGCAUUUGAUGAAGCUGCAGACGAAUAUUUUGAAAGUCAACUGCAUGAAGAAGUUUCUACCUUGUUGAAAAACUAUCAAGACAUUGUAUAUAAACUUGAUCGUUUCAUUUCUUCACUUAAAAAACAGUCGUAAUUAGUGUUGUGUAAGAUGUUCCCUUGUGUUGUUUUCCUCCUGAAAGGAGUAUUGUACCAAGAUUUUCACUCAGUAAAAAUUGUAUUUUGUUGAACAUGUUCCAAUUUAGAAUUGUUACGAUGAUG